GGCGUUGAUCUCUUUUGCCAGAGAAAAGCAGGAGCUUCUCCUUCUUCUUCAUCGGGAAGAGCUCACCGUGAUUUAUUCAUCGUUGUGAAUUCUCUCCGAUCAUGUCGUCGAAGAAAGCGAAGACGAAAAAUGAGGCAAGUAGCAGUCGUGGUGGCAUCGGCGGAGAGAGUAUAGUCGCCGACUGUGGACGUAACAGAUCCACUUGCGGUUACUGUAAAUCAUCUACCCGCUCCAGUAUCUCUCACGGGUUAUUGACAGAGAGUCUCACCGUUAAUGACUACCAAGCUCUUCUUGACCGUGGAUGGAGACGAUCUGGCUGCUUCCUUUACAAACCUGAGAUGGAGAAAACUUGUUGCCCUUCUUAUACAAUCCGCUUGAAAGCUAGUGAUUUUGUUCCUUCUAAGGAGCAGCAGCGAGUGCGUAGAAGACUGGAAAGGUUCUUGGAUGGCGAACUAGAUGCGAAAUCGAGCGAGCAGACAGAAGAGAGAGACAUUUCUUUCUCCCGCGAAGUUUCAGUGUCAGUAAGAGAAUCACUUGGAGUUGCUAAUAGAGAACAAAACAAUCAAGUGGAACCAAUCAUGAAAGAUUUGUCUGAAAAAAUUGAUGAUGCGGUACAAAGAUGCAUACAAAGUGGGGAGUUUCCUUCUAAUAUUCAGAUUCCCAAAGCUUCAGUGAAGAGAGUUAUCUCUGCAAAAAGGAAGAAACUUGCUGAAGGGUCAGAAGAACUCUUAUACACCAGCAAUAUUGCUUUUCCAAUAGUAGCUGCUAUUAGGCACACAGAGACAUCUGUGAAAGGCGAGAAAAACAAAAACGUAGAAGAAAACAGAUUAUCACCAGAGGUUGUUUCUGAGAAGCUGUUAAGUGCAAUGAAUAAGGUGGGAGAAUUUACUGCCUUUUCUGUUAAGGUCUGCAAAGGCCAUAUCAACUUCCUUUCAGCUACCCGAGUUACUUCCUUAGAUAGAAAUGAAGGUGAAGAAAGCCUUGGUACUACAUCAACAAAGUCUUCUUUAAACAACCUUCAUGCAAGAAAGAGGAAGCUGGAGAUGCUCUUGAAAAGGUCGAGUUUUGAUCCAGAGGAAUAUGAAUUAUACAAACGGUAUCAACUGAAAGUGCACAAUGAUAAGCCGGAGAGCAUCUCAGAGACUUCAUACAAAAGGUUUUUGGUUGACACUCCAUUGAUUGAAGUUCCGCCUUCAGGUUAUGAUGAUGAAGAAAAGAUUCCUCCUUGUGGUUUCGGUUCUUUCCAUCAACAAUAUCGAGUUGAUGACCGUCUAAUUGCUGUUGGGGUGAUCGAUGUUCUUCCUAAAUGUUUGUCAAGUAAAUAUCUAUUCUGGGAUCCAGAUUUUGCAUCCUUGUCUCUUGGAAACUACUCAGCCUUGCAAGAAAUCGAUUGGGUAAAACAAAACCAAGCUCAUUGCUCUACCCUUGAGUAUUACUAUCUUGGCUAUUACAUACAUUCCUGCAACAAAAUGAGAUAUAAAGCAGCCUAUCGUCCAUCCGAGCUUCUAUGUCCUCUCCGUUACCAAUGGGUUCCAUUCGAAGUAGCCAAGCCUCUGCUUGAUAAGAAGCCAUAUUCCGUCUUGUCCAAUUACACUAAUGUUUCUCUAUCAUCAUCAUCACCUCAAGCUUCUGAAACCCUAGUGGAAUCCACGAGUGAACAUGAAGACAUGGAAAAAGGGAAUACAAAUAAUGAUGGUGAUGAGGAUGAUGAAAUGUAUAACUCUGAUGAAGACUCAGGCUCUAGCAGAAACCGGAGUGACAUUACCAAUAUCCUUAUCAGUCUUGAUGGACCUCGACUUCGAUACAAGGAUAUACCACGGAUCAAGAAUCCUGUGGUUGAGAAACAACUGGAAUCGAUGUUGGUUAAUUACCGGAAAGUCGUGGGGGCAGAGCUCUCGGAGAGAAUGGUGUAUGAACUACGGUAACAUUAGGCUUAACUCAAGCCACUUGAAAGCAUCUUGUAACAUUAUUAACAAUAAUAUCAGUGAUAUCAUGUUUUGUCAUGUUUCUCUCUGUUUUGAUCGCAUGAUACCAAAGAUAUGUAAUUUUUAGUUCUAAUUGUACAAUUUCUCAUUUUUCCGAAAAUAUUAUUCUAUCGCACAGAUAGUUCAUA